AUGUCAUCUGCCAGUAGGCACCAUUCACAUUCUGUUCGUGGCAGUGAUGGUACUUCAUAUCAUAGUAAGGCUCCUUCUAGAGCAGCUCAGCAUUUAGAAGAGUUGAGGAGAAAUCUCAAAGCUCAGAUUCUCCAGGCAGAAGCCGAAGCUGCUAUGGCCAAAAUUGAGGCAGAGCGAGUCAAGCAACAAGCCCAAAUCCGGGCACAAAAAGCCGAAAUGAAAGUCCAGAUGUUGGCUCUUCAAAGGGAAAGAGACAUAUUACAAAAGAACAAAGAAGCAGCUAAGCUAGCCGUUAGGGCAAAGAUUCUGGCAAAAGCUUUUCAGGAUGAACUAAUUCCUGAGAAUGUUAGGUUGCUGCCUCAGAAGGACAUCGACUCCAAGAUGUCUCUUCUCCUUCUUACUAACAAAAAUGUCAUUCCCAAGGAGCAACACUCUAUUGAGGGCAACACCAUUGAAGUUUUGCCUAAUACCAGUAUUAACAAACCUGUGCCUCAGCUAGAUAAUUGGCUGCCAUUAACAUCAGUUGGCAUCAAAGAGGAAAGUCCUUUAAAAGGGCAGAAGCCCACAGCGGGGAGCCAGUCUUUCCCCACCUGUACUCCUGCUGUUAAAACGUUCAUGCCUGCACUGUCGCCAACAAUGGAAGAGGAAAACAUAGGGUUGAACCCCAAAAACCGCCCCCUCGCUACAGGCCUGACAGUGGAUGUUGGGGAUGCACUAGGUGAAAUUGAAACUGAUAAAGCAGUGGUUACCAUGGAGUCAACUGAUGGUGACAUAUUAGCUAAAGUCAUGGCACAGGAAGGCAGUGAAAGCAUGAGUUUGGGUACACCAACUGGCUUGCUGGUAGAGGAGGGGCAGGAAUGGAAACGGGUAGAAAUACCAAGUGUCAUUGGUGAGGCAGCCUCAUUUUCGGGACCACUGGCUACAACUCCUGUCCCCACCCCGUUAUCUUCAGUAGCCUCGCUACAUAAAGCAGAGCAGCAUCCUGAAAAACUGCAGUUUCGCUCAAGUCCUGCUGCCAGCGACAUUUUGGAGUCCCAUGGACUUGAUGUAAGCAGUUGUACGCCCUCAGAUCCUCGAGGGAUUUUCUCUAAAGAGGAUGCCCUUUCGCUUUUAGAGCAGAUACAGAAAGGAAAGCCCUUGGAAGGAAAACCAGUGGUGUCUUCUCUUCCUUCACAACAAAUUGAAGUGCCUUUAAUGCCAUCACCUGAUGGAAAACCAGUUUCUGCUGAGCAUUCUCCAGCUCCACCAGUUUCUGUGCCAGGACUGCCUCCUUCCACGGGCACAUUCACUGAGGUCCCUACUAGCAACAUUGGAAGAGUUAUUGCUAAGAGAUUAACAGAAUCAAAAACUUCUGUCUCUCAUGCAUAUGCAACUGCUGAAUGUGACCUUGGUGCAGUUCUGAAACUAAGGCAGGAGCUGGCAAAAGAGAGGAUGGUCUCUGACUCUGGACCAAAGAUGCAAGGUGUUUCCUUGAAGGAUGUUCCAGCUGGGCUCGCACCCGGAACCACCUGCAAGCCAUAUACAUCUAGAGCAGCCAUAGCAGCGGUUAAGCAUCAUAGAGUCAAGCUUGAGCAAGAAGCUCAUGUAGAUUUUGCUAUGGCCAAGUCCAAAGUGGCCCCUGUGCAAACACCACCUAGAUUGGAGCUGCAUGCAACCCUGCUCACAGCUCAGCUGCUGGUUCCUGCAAUGCUCCAGCCUGCCAACUCUCCACUCCAGAAAGACAUUGUCGUGCCUGUUCCAGAGGGAGAUUACAUCAGCCAGAGGAAGCGGGUGCGAGGUCUGGCCUGAGAGUUCUGGAGGCCCUGGAGGGCCAAGGACCUGGGUCAUCUCCGGAGGAAAGGUUUGGCACCACUCCCGGGAGGACAUCUAGGUGGAGUGCAGUUUCGUUUUAAAGGACCAAAGUGCUUCCAAGAACUCUUGACUCCCCUUUAGGUUGAGAAACGCUGCUUCUAGGUCCACCAGGGCUAUUGAAGGGUCUACCUCCACUGGAAGCCGAUCCUAGACUUGCACUGGAGGACUUCAAAGUGCCAGGAGAAGUCUUCCCUUUAGGAAUCCCUAGCAACUCCAACAUGACUUUAAGGUCAUUUUCUGGCAUAAGUUGGCAGUAGAGCUGUGUUUGAGAACCUACAUAAUUUCAUAAAAUACUCAAACAAUCAAAUUCACAAAAGUUAAAUCCAGAAAUGCAGAGGGCCAACCGAAUAUUCUUAAUAUUAACCAGUUAUUAGAUUUCCCAUUGUUGUCUUACUUUUAUUCUGUCCCUUAGUAUGGACAUUUCAGGGGCACAAGCCAUAUCAUAUAAUUCAGCAACAUCUGGGUUUACUGACCUUACAAUGACCAAAUCUGGAUUUUCCAAAACUAGAUAUUAUCAAGUUGAAUAGAAACUCAAUAAUAUUGACCAAAAUAUACGCUCCGAAAUAUUGAGCUGAAGACACACUCGACAAAAGGCGCUGGGACCUCACUGCUCUAAGAGCCUCAAGGGGAGUUGCUCCACUCAAGAGAUGACUGGAAACAACUGUCAGGGUCCUAGUCAGUUGAGGCAACCUCCAACUUACAACACAGUGAUGUCAUCAAUGGAUAUUCUAGAGUCAUGGUUGAUAUGGUUACUGGACUCUAUUUAUCUCCCCAGUCCCUUUACACAUACACACUACACACUGUCCUAGUCAACAGCAGUUUGAAUAUCCCUUUUAUGCAAAGUCUGGGACCAGAAGUGUUUUGGAUUUCAGAUUUAUUUAUUUAUUUUGAAUGACUGCAUAAACAUGAGAUAUCUCGGAAAUUGCACCCAAGUCUAAACAGAAAACUCAUAUAUGUUUCACAUGUACCUUAUAUAGCCUUGAAGGCAAUUUUUACACAAUAUCUUUAAUAAUUUUGAGUAUGUAACAAAGUUUGUGAACAAUGAUCCAUCAGAAAACAAAUGUGUCAGUAUCUCAGCCACCUAUGUAGGCAAUUUUGGAUUUGGGAGUCUUUUGGAUUUGGGAAUUCUGGAUAAGGGAUCCACCUGUACCUAUUUAUUAGUAUUGUUCGUAUUGUUUUUUAAUGGUGAUUACUCCGGAACAGAGCUUGGAAGCCAUUAAACUCUGUAGGUGAAGUUUUACUGAAAGCUAAAACUAAAGAGCUCGAAUAUGUAUUACAGAUACAGUAAAUGUACUGAUGAGCAAUCCUGAAGUUGGAUGAAAUAAGAGCCACUUUAUGUGACCUAAUCACUAUUUAAGAUUUUAAACUGGAUAACGUACUAGACGGGAAAGCAACUGUUCAGGGUAUUAGAUACGUACCUGUGACAAACAUCCCCAGUCUCCCCUGGGUCAACAUUCCUGACCCCAAGGAUAAUCCAGUCUUAUGGUUUGCUUACUCCGAAUGGUCAUAUUUUGGAAGGCAAACCCCACAAGCCCGAUGAAAAAGAGUAGCCUCGUGUUCCUUUCCAUGUCUUUACUCUGUCACAUCUUGGGAUGCUUGAUGUGUGACAUGAUGUUAUGGCUGUGAGUUUCUCUGCCUCGGCCGCAUUUCACUGGGAGCAUCUGUCAAGAGAGAGGGAAAUCAACAACAACAACAAUUUAUUGAUUAGCCAGUUGGCCUUAUCAAGCACAGACAAAACAAACAUGAAAUACAACAUACAUCUGGUACACUUAAAAUAAAAUUAAAAUAUACAGGUAUUUGCCAGUUUGGUGCCAAUGUAGCUUAGCCAUAGAUGUAUGCAUCAACUAUCCUCAUCUCCCCUACACUGUACCCCAAUCUGAUCUAUGUACUCCGAUCUCUUUUUAGCAGUUUUAAGAAAAUACAGGGCCACUUUCGUUGUCACAAUGGGGUUAUAACCGUCCAAUAAAAAUGUAGUUUUGGCUGCUA